AGCGUGCUUAUAGUAUACUGGCCACACCGCAGGACAACGAGAUGCUGUGUCGCGAUUGAAAAUUUCGAUCACUUUGACAGGCUUUUCAAGCGAAAACUGCCCACGGUAAUCAUGAUAAUCAAGUCGGUCAUAUCUGACCAGUCUAGUUACUAGUAGUUCUGAGUGAAGUCGUUCAGUCCUGCUGCUCCCGCGUUCCGCAAAUCUGCCGCUCGUCGUUCCGAUGGAGCGUUUGCUCGGAUCAUCCAAGAAGGAGCCUGUCGGUGUGAGAUCACCUGGAGAUGUAUGGACCAGUAAACCGGCCGAGAAAGCAAUGGAGAUGCGUGGCGAUCCCAGAGCAGCCUGGAGUCACCUGCAGACAGUAUCACCAUGUACUGUAGUGGAGAAGCUUGCAGAUCCCAGCUCACCAUGUCCCGAAGGGCAUACAAGAUUUGUGUGUCUGUCGGAUACGCAUGGAUUGUCCAAGCAUUUCCAAUUUGAAGUGCCAUGGGGCCAUGUUCUCCUGCAUGCUGGUGACUUCACUGAUGUUGGCCAGCCCAGUCAGGUGAAAGAGUUCAACGACUACCUUGCCGGGUUGCCGCACGAACACAAGAUUGUCAUUGCUGGAAAUCAUGAACUGACUUUCCAUUCGGAGCAGUGGGACGGCUUCCAGGCGAAGUCUCGUUUCACCGUGCAUUUGCCGGAGCUGAAGGAAGCGACGAGUGAUGGUGUCAAAGCUCUCUUGAAGGACUGCACGUACAUCGAGGAUGCUGAAGUAAUUGUCCGUGGCUUUCGCAUUUACGGCUCGCCAUGGCAGCCAGAGUUCUGUGACUGGGCAUUCAAUCUGCCCCGCGGCGAUGCUUGCCUAGAGAAGUGGCAGAGGAUCCCGUCGAACAUUGACAUCCUGAUGACGCACGGCCCGCCCGUUGGAUAUGGUGACCUUGUCGACUCUAACGGCUUACGAGCAGGCUGUGUGGAUUUGCUGCGUGAGAUACAGCAUCGCAUCAAACCCAAAUUCCACGUGUUUGGGCACAUUCAUCAAGCGUACGGCAUCACCACAGAUGGCGUGACAACGUACAUCAACGCUUCCAAUUGCGACAUAAGAUACUGUCCGCGGCAAGUGCCGAUCGUUUUUGAUCUGCCAAAUCCGACCGAGUCUGCAGCCGAGUGAAUGGCUGCUAAGGUGAACACAGUCAGCCAGUGACAGAACUGACUUGUUUGUAGCCAUUGCUUGUAGGACACUGGGCCUGGUCGAGUAGAAAGAGAGUGGGUCCGCGGGACCAUCGGCCUGCAUGCCUGCUCAUUCACUGGCAUAGGAUUGGCCAGUGUAGCUGGCUUCUGCUUGUUUGGAUGCUACGCAAAGUCAGGGACCAACACGUAUACCCAUUCUGAGCUGGUUUUCAGAGGUUUGCUCUGGAAGAAAUCCCUCGCAGAGCGUGAAUAAAGUCUAUCCCAUGUACAUACAAACACUAGUAGUCUUUGCUUUUAUGGAUAUCUAAUUCCGUACAAUGCAUUCAUGGCCUACAUGUACUUCAAGUAUCACUUUACGGAGGAUUUUUUCAUUGAUAGUGCUUCUGCCAGAUUGCCUGGUACGACUACCACGGAGGAUUGAUAGUGCUUCUGCCAGAUUGCCUGGUACCACUACCAAGGUAUCAAUAUACUUCAGUAAUACACAAGAGAGAGAUUGGAA